UUCAGGUUCCCGGCAAGCCCUACCUAAAACGGGCGGGCAAUUCCUUUUGCCUCCAUAUUUUUCAUUUUGAAGGACGAGACACACAGAGAGAGAGAUGGCCGGAAGAAUGGAAAUCGUGGUUUCCACUCUCUACGACGAUAACCAAUCUCUGAUUACAGAUAUAAGGAAGGCCUUCUCGGUACUCAAAGGGAUCGCAGUGGACCUGGAGAGGGACAAGCAGUUCGAUCAGGUUAAAGAAAUUGAAGGUGCCGCUCUCGAAUUGUUAGCGGCUUUCGAUGAAGUCUCGUGCUUCUCUUCAGCCAUUCAACAAAUUGGCGCGACUUAUGUUCCGCCGUCCAAUAAUGAGCUAACGGAUUUUGGCAAGCUAAUAGAAGAAGGGAUUGCCCGAUUCAAGAGCCAGUCAACUUCUCAGCCACAGAACCAUCCCCUUUUCCGGCAGUUCAAGGAGGCAAUCUGGAAUGUUCACCAUGCAGGCCAACCAAUGCCGGGGGACGAGCAGGAGGAAAUUGUAAUGACCAGCACUCAGUGUAAUCUUUUGAACACCCGAUGUCCUAUCUCUGGAAAGCCAGUCGGUGAACUGGAUAAUCCUGUUCGCAGCAUGGAUUGCAAGCAUAUAUAUGAAAAGAAGGCAAUAAUGCACUACAUGAAACACAAUAAGCAGUUGAAGUGCCCUGUAGCAGGUUGCCCAAAGAUUCUGGUUCCAAAUAGAGUUGCAUGUGAUCCAUUAUUGCUGGUAGAUAUUGAAGAAUUACGCUCAAGAAGCAUUCGUGCUUCAGAUACCAAUGUGGUUGAGGACUGUACAGAGAUUGAUUAAGAUUGAUUUUUGUAUAUCUAGAUGCCCUUUCAUGAGCAUGGUUACUCCCAUUUUUGAUCAAAUGGAACACCCCCAAGAGAAUUGUUUGAACCGUUCCAUGCUGGCAGUUUAGUAUAGAGCACCAUGUCAAUUAACCGGCAAUCAUGUACUCAUAUUGGCCCUUCACCUAACCUGCACUCUUUUGUAAUUUUGCUGCAGCAGCCAAACAAUUGGUAAGCCAAGUAUCUAAUAUAUUUACAUUUAAAAUGCUUUCGUCUAC